CUCUUUUUCCGAAUUUCAUAUGAUGAUGAAGAGGGCGGAGAUCGAUUACAGGGCGCCGUUCAGGUCGGUUAAAGAGGCCGUCGCCUUGUUCGGAGAUAAGAAUUUAGCCGGUGAACUUUAUGCCACCAAGCUCAAGGAGAUGCAUGGCGAAGCAAGUGGAAAUGGUUUAACCAGGCUGGGAACCGUGACAGCUGAACUGGAGGGGACGAAACAUAACCUUGAAAGGGCCAGAGAGGAGAGUAUGGCAAUGGCGAAUUGCCUGUCUUCUCUUGAAGAAGAGCUUGAAAGAACAAAGAGAGAUCUGCGGAAAAUGAAGGAACGAGAAAUCGCCGAGAAACUAAUGAUGGAGUUUGAGGUCGAGGUAGUCCCGGAGUUCAGUGUCGAGAAAACACAAACAUGCGAUGAACAAGGAACAGAGUUCCAAAAGAAGAGUUACGUUACGUUUGCAAAUCCACCCUCUUUGGCUCGAGUCAUUGUCCCACAAGGUGUGGAAAAACUCGAGAGACACCCUUCACUAAGAAAGAAGAAGAAGAAGCCAUUGAUUCCCCUGAUUGGAGGGAUAUUUUCCAGGAAAAAAGGAAGCCCAGAAAUUGCAACACCACCAAGUCCCUACAUAACUCCCGAGUUUCAUUAAAAUACUUCCACCUCCAAGUUCCAACAAUAAUUAUCAACUGAACC